CGACGUUACGCCGGAUUAGGCUCCUUGAUGAUGACGACGACAGCAGGCCUUCCAACACUCGACCCUCUGUUCAAGAGAAACGCUAAGCGAACAUGGGAUGCGUUCGCGUCCGAGCUCGACGACUUUGGCGCCAAAGAGGAAGAAACUAGUUCACGACUGCGAUUAGCGGUCAAGAUUCGAGAUGAAUACAAAGACUACAAAGCUCUGCCUUCAACAUUGCUUGCCCAACAAGGUCCUGUUGGUCCUGCACGGCCUAAGGAAUCGAGAAAGAUGAUCACAGCAGGGGGGGAAGCAGAUCCCAGUACCUCCCGGAUGAUUGCAACCAUAGACAAGACACCAGUUCAACAGCCCUCGACUUUCUCAUCAUCCACGAAAUUGUCGCAAGCCCUUGCUCUUCACAAACAAACGCACACCAUCAAACCAACUUACCAUCCUCCAUGGAAACUCAUGCGAGUCAUUUCCGGCCAUUUGGGUUGGGUGCGGAGUGUGGCCGUAGAACCGGGAAACAAGUGGUUCGCGACAGGUGCAGGCGAUCGUGUUAUUAAAAUCUGGGAUUUGGCAAGCGGAGAACUGAAGCUCAGCUUGACUGGUCACAUCAGCACUGUUCGGGGGUUGGCUGUUUCGUCCCGUCAUCCGUAUCUUUUUAGUUGUGGAGAGGACAAGAUGGUGAAAUGCUGGGACUUGGAGGCGAACAAAGUCAUCCGCCAUUACCAUGGCCAUCUAUCCGGUGUCUACGCAUUGUCAUUACACCCCACGCUUGACAUCCUAGUCACCGCCGGUCGAGAUGCAUCUGCGCGCGUGUGGGACAUGAGGACAAAGGCUCAGAUCCAUGUCUUAUCCGGGCACACGGCGACCGUCGCAGAUGUGAAAUGCCAGGACUCAGACCCUCAAGUCAUCACCGGAAGUAUGGACUCGACGAUCAGGUUAUGGGAUCUUGCUGCAGGAAAGACGAUGACAACCCUAACUCACCACAAAAAGUCAGUUCGAUCGCUGGCCAUCCACCCAACCGAGUAUUCGUUUGCCUCGGGGUCUGCAGGCGGCAACAACAUCAAGAAAUGGAAGUGCCCCGAAGGAGCUUUCGUAUUCAACUUCAGUGGCCACAACUCGAUCAUCAACACGUUGUCUGUCAACGCAGAGGGCGUGUUCUUCUCUGGUGGAGACAAUGGCACAUUAACCUUCUGGGAUUACAAUACCGGAACGCCAUUCCAAAAUCUCGAGGAUAUUCCUCAGCCUGGAUCUUUGGAGGCUGAAGCAGGCGUGUUCUGCUCAACAUUCGACCAAACCGGAACUCGGCUGAUCACCGGUGGCGCGGAUAAGACUAUCAAGGUUUACGCAGAGCAGGCGCAGUAA